AUGGAUCAUCUGGUAGGCGUAAGCCUCGGCUUUGAUAAUCUUCAGCCUCGUCCUCCUGCACCGAACAGUAAUGCGACGACGGUGACGGCGACGGCGACGAACGCGGACGCGGCGGCCGACCAGACUACAAUCGCUAUCUCACCACCACAGCAGCAGCAACACCACCACCACCAGCAGCAGCAGCAGCAGCAGCAGAUCUCUACCGGGGCUACUGGUGUCCAGAAUGACCGCAACCACGGCCACACGGUGGUGACAUCGUUCGACCCGUUUUCGCACUUCGCCGGCGCAAGCUCCAAGGACGACUGCGGACAGGGAACACUCGGCAGCGUGGCACCGAUGAUGGCCGUAGUCGCCACUUCAGCUCCUACCGUCGCUUCGCCUCCGCCGAACACCGCCUCAAAAAACAAAACAAGAAAAGGUACUUUGCUUCCUACCAAUCCCGCUUUCCUCAGAACAGUUGGAAAUUAUGUAAACAUGAUAAACUUUGCUCUGGACGACCUCACACCAACCUCUGACCUUCUGGUUCACGAGUCACUGAGGGUGAAACAACAAAUGGCGAUCCUCGAAUACUGCGCUGGUGACAAGCAGGCAAAAGGCAUUGCAGCGCCGGGUCUGGACCCAAAGAAGGCGUGCGACAAACAAACGAUCGCCACCGUCAAGUCAGAGGCUGAGGUCGCCCCGGUGCACAAACAGAGACGUCAACGGACUCAUUUCACCAGCCAGCAGUUGCAAGAGCUCGAAGCAGUGUUUGCCCGCAAUCGCUAUCCGGACAUGGCCGCUCGCGAAGAGAUCGCUCUAUGGACCAGUCUGACGGAGCCGAGAGUGAGGGUAAGUGAUGGCGCUUUUCUGCCUGCCGUGCCCCCCCCUCCUCUGCCAUCUGUGUUCACGGUUCGACGGGGCGAUAAAAUAUUAGCAGUGGCCGCUUCGGCACCUGAUUGGAAGUUUAAACUCCUGACGGAGGUAGAACGACAAACGGCGGCGGAACGUGCAACGAUUUACCUCAGUUGUAGCUGCUGCUGCCAUGGCCGAUGCCGGGGACGCAACACUCGGCCUGUCGCUGUCGUACCGGCUACAACCGCCAGACGCUUACAGAUAACGCGCCUCGGUGAACAAUGA